AUGAGUUCAAUACAAGAUUCUAAUGCUUCAAAAUUUCAACAAGAUGCUGCGGAAUUGUUACCAACUUUUGAAGAUUAUGAACUCGACGAUAUUAAUGCGCCAGCCAACAUGUCUGAAAGCCAUAUCCAAGCGGAAUUUCCAGAUCCAACUUUUUAUGAUUAUUCGAAAACUGGUGGACUCGAUUGUAUUAAUGCGCCAGCCAACUACAUGUCUGAAAACCAUAUUCAAGCGGAAUUUCUAGAUCCAACUUUUAAUGAUUAUUCGGAAACUUGUGGACUCGAUUAUAUUAAUGCGCCAGCCUACUACAUGUCCGAAAACCAUAUUCAAGCGGAAUUUCCAGAUCCAAUUUAUAAUGAUUAUUCGGAAAAUGGUAGACUCGAUUUUAUUAAUGCGCCAGCCAACAACAUUUUUGAAAGCCAUAUUCAAGCUGUGGAAUUGAUAAAUCAAAAUCAGUAUCCAACAUUUCAUUCGCAUUCUUCGGAAGAUUCUGUACUCUAUGAUAAUACAGAUAUCAACAUGUCUGAUAAUUAUGGAAGCCUAAUUCAAGCAUAUGUGAACAAUCUUCAUGUGACACUUACAACUCCAAACAGCAUGUCUGAUUAUCAAGGUUUUGACGCUAAUACCAAAUCUUAUAAAAAUGGAAGUUCCCAAUCUAGCGAAAGUUGUGAAGGAGCUGAAGUAACAGAGAAUAAAUCUCCAUGUAUAUGGGAUGAAGCCCCAACUCUAUUGUUGCUGAAAUAUUUGAAAGAAAAUAAGGAAAAGGUCAUAAUUCUAAAAAAACGUGGUUCUACAGCAGGAAAAGUUAAAAAGCCGCUCUGGGAAGGUAAUAAGCCAGACUAUAAGUAUAAGUUAGACGUUGAAGAAAUUCUAAGAGUUUAA